AUGUCAUUAAAUGAUGCCUAUAAUAUAUAUGAAACAAUUGAAUAUAUAUCAGCUAUUGGAGUGAGAAAAUCUAAACAAAAAAUUGAUCAUAUGAUUAUAAAAUCAUUUCUAGCUGGUGUUCUUCUAUCAUUCGGGGGUCUUUUUUGUUUGGCUGUUGGCGGUGGACGUACUUUAUUAGCUCAGAAUUUUGGUCCAGGUAUACAUAAAACGAUCCAAGCUGCAGUAUUUCCUAUUGGUCUCAUUUUGGUUAUUGUCACUGGUGCGGACUUAUUUAUUGGCAAUACAAUGGUAUUGGUUAUAUCAACAUUACAUAAAACAACAACAUGGAUUAAUCUUCUUAUAUCAUGGAGUAAUACUCCAUCGUAUCAAAUGUUUUUAAGAGGAAUUGGUGGAAACUGGCUUGUAUGUCUUUCAUUUUGUUUGAGUACAAGUGUACGUGAUUUAAAUUCAAAAAUAAUCGUACAAAUGGGUAUGCUACUUGGUGCUAAUCUAUCCAUUGGAAACUAUAUUUUAAAUGUUUUGAUACCAGUUGCAUUAGGAAAUAUUUUAGGUGGAAGUAUUUUUGUUGGUUUUAUUUAUUGGUAUUUAUAUUUAGCAAAAAAAACCUGA